AUGAUAUAUAUUUACAAGAUUUUUCAAACAAAUUCUGUUCCAGAAAUUUUUUAUUCUGCUGAUUUUGUUGCAUUAAGAGUAGCUGUUGCUGCUGUUGCAAAUUCUGUUCCGGAAAUUGUUUAUUCUGCUGAUUUUGUUGCUGUUGCUGCUGUUGCAAAUUCUGUUCCGGAAAUUGUUUAUUCUGCUGAUUUUGUUGCUGUUGCUUCUGUUCCGGAAAUUGUUUAUUCUGCUGAUUUUGUUGCUGUUGCUGCUGUUGAAAUUUCUGUUUCAGAAAUUUUUUAUUCUGCUGAUUUUGUUGCAUUAAGAUUAGCUGUUGCUGCUGUUGCAAAUUUUGUUCCGGAAAUUUUUUGUUCUGCUGAUUUUUUUGCGUUAAGAGUAGCUGUUGCUGUUGUUGCAAAUUCUGUUCCGGAAAUUGUUUGUUCUGCUGAUUUUGUUGCGUUAAGAGUAGCUGUUGCUGCUGUUGCGAAUUCUGUUCCGGAAAUUGUUUAUUCUGCUGAUUUUGUUGCUGUUGCUGCUGUUGCAAAUUCUGUUCCGGAAAUUGUUUAUUCUGCUGAUUUUGUUGCUGUUGCUGCUGUUGAAAUUUCUGUUUCAGAAAUUGUUUAUUCUGCUGAAUUUGUUGCAUUAAGAGUAGCUGUUGUUGCUGUUGCAAAUUCUUUUCCGGAAAUUGUUGAUUCUGCUGAUUUUUUUGCAUUGCAAAUUCUUAGCUGUUGCUGCUGUUGCAAUUCUUUUCCAGAAAUUGUUUAUUCUGCUGAUUUUGUUGCUGUUGCUGCUGUUGCAAAUUCUGUUCCGGAAAUUGUUGAUGUUUUGGCGGGAAUUGUUGUGCACUUUGUUCGUAGGAUAGACGAUGUCCAGCUUUAUGCCCCUCAUUACCAUUAA